CUCAAUGGGAAAUGAGGCCAGUUACCCUGCGGAGAUGUGCUCCCACUUUGACCGUGAUGAAAUUAAAAGGUUGGCUAAGAGGUUCAAGAAGCUCGACUUGGACUCUUCGGGUGCUCUGAGCGUGGACGAGUUCCUGUCCCUGCCCGGGCUGCAGCACAACCCGUUGGUGCAGCGAGUGAUCCAGGUCUUUGACAGGGACGGCAACGGAGAAGUGGAUUUCGAGGAAUUCGUUUUGGGGACCUCCCAAUUCAGCGUCAAGGGAGACCAGGAGCAGAAGCUAAGGUUUGCUUUCAACAUCUACGACAUGGAUAAAGACGGCUACAUUUCCAACGGGGAGCUCUUCCAGGUGCUGAAGAUGAUGGUGGAGGACAACCUGAGUGACUGGCAGUUACAGCAGCUCGUGGACAAAACCAUCAUCAUCCUGGACACCGACGGCGAUGGCAGAAUAUCCUUCGAGGAAUUCAGUGCUGUGGUUAGAGACCUGGAGGUCCACAAGAAGUUGGUGGUAGUGGUGUGA